CAAAGGCCAUGGCUUUCCAGCAGAAAAGAGAGAGCUUUGAGCGAGAGGAAGAGGAGGAGACCUUGUCUCUCUCUGAUUUCCCGGUGUGCUCUGGCAAGGAUGAUCGCACGUGCAAAUCCGACGACAAUGCGGCAGAGGAGUUUGAGUUCCAAAUAUCAGCUGCCGGCGGACUCCUGGCCAGUGCGGCGGACAUAGAGAUGUGCGCGGCCGACGAAGUGUUCUUCCAGGGACAAAUUCUGCCUCUGCGGCCCUCUGUUAGCUCCGACAGCGGCUUUCUCAGUCACGGGGCGAGCCGGCGGUCGGAGUCCCUGGACCAAUACUACUCGUCGGGCAUCCUCGGGAUGGGGUUUCAGAGCACGAGCCGGAGCACCAGCAGCAGCAGCAGCCGGAGCAGCAGCAACGGCAGCGGGAUGAGCAGGAGCCAUUCGUCGAACAGUCACUGCAGCAAUUCGUCAAGUAACUUCUACGCGCGCCCGAGCCCGACGCCGCGAAUCCGAACCCAAAGAAAAAUAAACGCAGGGCGCAAGAGCGCGAGCUCCGCCCCGCCGGGAUGGGGAAUAUUCCGGCUCGGGAUCGCCAAAGCCCCCGAGAUCGAACUGCACGACAUAAUGUCUCGGAGGCCGAGCAACGGCGCGCGAGGCAGCGGCGUCAGUGCCCGGAAGAGCCACGCGGAGGCACCAGACCACUCGAAGAAGGAAAAAUCCAGCCACAGCAAAAACGAUGAGGCUCGUGGUGCGAAGGCGGUCCAGAAGAAGCCCGCAGCCGGACGCGGCCUGAUCUGCAGGUGCUCGCCUGAAGCGGUGGAGCCGGUCGCCGUGCUGCCGAGGAAGAAGAAGGAGGCGGAGACACGCCAAAAAGCGUCGGCAUUGAAUGGCCGGGGCGAUCAACUGCGAAGGCAGCAGCAGCAAGGCGCUAAUCAUCAGGAACACGCAUCUUUUUGAAUUCCCUAUCAGCAAUCUUCGAUUCUCGAACAACUUUUUUUCCUUUUCCUUUUCCUUCUGAACAAACAGAAACUUUUUCCUAUUUUAAAUCAAGUUCAAUCUUUGAAUUCCAGACAAACACGGAGAGCUCACGAACUAGAGAUUCAUUGAAAUUCUCAAGAACAACAACAAUAAUAAUAAAAAAAAAAAUACCUACAAUAGUUUUGAUAAUAUAAUAAAAAGCAUCAGACGUCGUCGGCUCACUUACCAACAAGCCAUGCGUCGAAAGUACGACUACUAAAAUAAAGAACUCAAUUAAUACGAGACAAGGCACCCAAUGAGCGACGUCACAGCUUUGAACGAGGCAAUUCAUUCGCCAAAAGUGAGAG